AUGCCCCCGCUCCUCACCUCCACGGAUCCGCUGCCGGACCCCUCUCCGCCCGCCGCCUCCCGCACGCACGACCGCCACCGCCCGCCCAUCGUCGUAGUCGACGUCGUCCAUGCCUCCGGCGCCCCCGGCGACCAUUCUCCCCCCGACGCCGCGCGAGCCCGCGCCGCCGGGGAUUCCCCUGCGUCCGCGUCUACCGCGGACGCCUCGGUCCACGCCUCAUCGGACUUCCCGUCCUCGCGCAUCGCGCACGCGAGCCCGUCGCAGGGCGCGUCUACGUCGUCGGCGAGCGCCGCGUCGUCGUCGAGCCGCAUCUCCAUUACCAUCUCCGGCUCAUCGGGCUCUGCCGGCUAUUCCACAGAGUUGUUUGACCGCUACGUCCGCAUCGUCAACGCCUGGUAUCUGGUCUGGUUCAUCCUGGGCUCGUUUUGGGUCUCCGACGGCGGCACGUGUUCGACGACCGCCCCGCACCUAUAUCGUUUGAUUGUCGCCUUGACCAUCAUCUACUACGCCCUUCUCUUCCUCCCUUUGGCUUGCUUUUGUCUCAUCGUUUGCUGCCUCCCGCUCUUCAUCCUCGUCUACCGGAUCAUGCUGCCGUACGCAGAACGCGACCGUCGCCGCCCGCGCGCUGCUGACCCAGCACAAGUGCAGAACCUCAAUUCCAUCGAGUACUCGCCGGCUACGUUUGCGAACCUUGCCGGGAAUGACAGCCUCGAGGAUGCUAGCUGCGUUAUUUGUCUGUGUGAGUAUGAAGAGGGGGAGACUGUCAGAUUUCUGCCAUGCAAACAUCACUUUCAUCAAGAUUGCGUGGACGUGUGGCUCAGACUGGAUAAGGCUUGCUGCCUGUGCAAGCAAGAUAUUGAUGCACAAACUCAGCCCCUCACACCCCCCGUUUAAAGUUAACUCGCUAGGAAGACUACAAAGCGAGUGAGGGAUUUAUCCCUUUCAAAGUUAAGAGUUCUUCCACCCUGGAACUUGCUACACUCGAGGAGAGACCGCUGUGUAUCAUUUAUUUGGCGGGUUAUUCGGCGUUAGAGACAUGGCAAGUGCCCCAGAUACUCUCUUGAGAAGAUGCUGCCCAUCUUAGAAGAGAAAGAACUAGGAUUAUAGUGGCUAUUGACCUGAAGAUGCAAUGUGCGUUCAAAUGCGAAAAAGCGCGAGGAUGGAUACCCGGCUUAUGUACAAGUGUUUUACCUAAUGACCUUGAAAAAUCGUGUAAACAAAAGAUGUAGGAAAGAGAGCACAGUCGGUGAUGGCCUUCUAA